ACUGAUCUAUAGCAUCUCCAGGCUGCCACUUCAUACCAAGCAAUCCACAAACGCUCCCUUCUCGACAUUGACGCUUGGACCAAUUAGAAUCUUGUGGGAAUAGCCUUGCCGAAAGCGAUGCCUCCCGCAAAACGCGACUCACAGGGAAUCCUCAUCCACACAACAUCCACAACAAUCCAAUUUGCGACCAUUCCAUCCACAACGCAACUAUCAGCAGCUCCCCUCGACGCGCGCAAAAACUCCAGCAACCAUCCUAUCGCACGACACUCCACAUCCACGCAAUGGCAGGCGGAAAGGGCAAGACUGGUGGUAAGACUGGUGGAAAAGCGGGCGCCGACAACAGUGGAAAAUCGCAGAAGUCGCACUCGGCGAAGGCGGGUCUUCAGUUCCCAUGCGGUCGUGUCAAGCGUUUCUUGAAAUCGCAAACCCAGAAUAAGAUGCGCGUGGGUGCCAAAGCUGCCGUAUACGUGACCGCCGUUCUCGAAUAUCUCACCGCCGAAGUACUCGAACUUGCUGGAAACGCCGCGAAGGACCUCAAGGUCAAACGUAUCACGCCGCGUCAUCUCCAACUUGCUAUUCGAGGCGACGAAGAACUCGAUACCCUGAUCCGAGCCACCAUCGCGUUCGGAGGUGUCUUGCCACACAUCAACCGCGCACUGCUGCUCAAGGUUGAACAGAAGAAGAACAAGAAGGCGGAUGCGUAGUAGGCUUAUCUUUUGGAAACAUUGAUGAGGACGAGGAUACCCCAGUGGCAGGUUCAGAGAUUAUGGUUGGAGUUCUGGAGCAGAUGGCGUCAGGAAAUAUCAGGCGCUACGAAGCGCUCAUGACUGUAGCAGUAAACUGGGCACCGAACGCAUGCUAAAAUUGCUUUUCCUUUAGG